GCUACACACAGAAACCCUGUCUCGGGGAAAAAAAAAAAGAAAGAAAGAAAAAGAUAAGUGGUUUGCUCUCAUGAACAGCCAUAGUGGUUAAAUGUAGAUUCCAGAAGCAAAUUGAUCUAUCAUUAUCCCUCCCAAAGUAAGUUAGGAUCAGCCAUUUUCUAUUGGACUUUAGCAGUAGGACGCAUUCAACCCUAGCAGUGCUUCGUGGAGGCUGUAGUUCACAAGGAAGGGUCUAAUUGAGAAACCCCUGUGCCCUGACCCCUCCCUGUGCUACAAGUUCUUAACAAAAUGAUACCUUAGAUGAGGAAUCCUCAGCAGUUUUCUGCCGUUAAUGUUGACUUCAUCUAGAGAUGUUUGUUAGAGCAAAACAACUGGAGGUGAUGGUUUUCAUCUGAGCCCUGUAAUUUCUCUUCACAGUGGGGACCCAGAGGGAGCUGAAGUCGUUCUGGGCCUCAAGAGAGAAAGAAUUCAUGAAAAGCAUUGUGACUGCUUUCCAGGUUGGGGGAGCUGGAGUAAGAGGGCUUUCUGAAGUGAUCACGGUCACUCUCUUCCAUUUGGCAAGAAAACUGAACUAGAAGUAUAAUAGGGACUAUGUUAUUUGCUAAUGAGAUUACGUCGGUUCAAAGAAUUCUGCUAAAAUUGAAGACAAAGGCAUUAGUAUAGGAAGCAAUGUUGAGGAAAUGGGAGACAAGGCUGAAGCAGAUUGAAGAGCGGGCAUCCCACUAUGAGAGGAAGCCAUUGUCUUCCGUGUACAGACCAAGACUGGCCAAGCCAGAAGAACCAUCCUCCAUUUGGAAGCUAUUUCACCGUCAGAAUCAAGCUUUUAAUUUUGUUAAAAGCUGUAAAGAGAGCGUUCACGUAUUUGCUUUGGAGUGCAAAAGGGGAAAUGGACAACGUAUUUACCUUGUAACGUCCUAUGCUCAACUUUGGUUUUACUAUAAGACCCGGAAAAACCUCUUGCACUGCUAUGAAGUUAUUCCUGAGAAUGCUGUGUGCAAGCUUUAUUUUGAUUUAGAAUUUAACAAAUUGGCCAACCCAGGAGCUGAUGGGAAGAAGAUGGUUGCAUUGCUCAUACAGCAUGUUUGUGAAGCACUUGAGGAGGUCUACAAUGUGCAGUGCUCAGCCGAAGAUGUUCUCAACCUGGAUUCCAGUACUGAAGAGAAAUUUAGCCGACACCUAAUAUUUCAGCUCCACAAUGUGGCAUUUAAAGAUAACAGCCAUGUUGGUAAUUUUGUGAGAAAAAUUUUGCAACCUGCUCUCCACUUGAUUGCCGAGGAUGAUGAAGCUAAGGUCCCAGAGGCAGUGGGCCAGGACGCCUCCUGUUUUUCUGUUACACCAUUAAAACAAGAGCUUUCAGAGGCCCGGGAGAAGCUGGAGUUGCCUAAGCAGUGUGACCCCGAUCUUUCAUUUUUAGUUGUGAAAAAUCACAUGGGAGAAAAAUGCCUUUUUGUGGAUCUAGGAGUGUAUACAAAAAACAGAAACUUUCGACUGUAUCAGUCAUCCAAAAUAGGAAAGCGUGUGUCUUUGGAGGUUGCUGAAGAUAACAGAUUUAUUCCAAAACAGUCAAAAGAUAUUUCUGAGGAAAACCAGUAUUUCCUAUCUUCCCUGGUGAGCAACAUCAGAUUUUCAGACACUUUGCGAGUUCUCACAUGCCACCCAUCUCAGACUAAACGAAAGCGGGCUGAGUGUUUUAACAGUACUGGCACUUCAGUGGAGUCCAUUGAAGGCUUCCAGGGCUCCCCGUACCCUGAGGUUGACCGAUUUGUUCUUUCUUUGGUGAACAAACACGACAUUAAAGGAGAGCAAUGGUCCCCUAAGCAGCAUCCUUGCAUCUUAGGGAUUCGGCGUUGGAACUACUUUUUCCCAGAAGAAUUACUGGUUUAUGAUAUAUGCAAAUACCGCUGGUGUGAAAACAUUGGAAGAGCCCACAAGAGUAAUAAUAUAAUGAUUCUGGUUGAUCUGAAGAAUGAAGUUUGGUAUCAGAAAUGCCAUGACCCUGUCUGUAAAGCACAAAACUUCAAAUCUACCUGUUCCCCGUUACCCACUGAAGUAAGUCUGCUAUUUCUUCUGAAAGAUGAAGACUUCACUUCUGGAGAAACAGAUGAAACCAGCAACUCACUGACCAAGGAUUGUCAAAACCCACCAUCCUGCAACUUGUCAGCCGGCGGGCUUUCUGCCACUGCCUGGGAUGAUGAAGACGAUGCCUUUUUCUUAGAAGCUACAGAAGAUGCUGAAUUUGCUGACGCUGCAGAUAAGAGCCUUCUUGGUUCAAUGGAUGAUAUUCCUGAUGAACUAAUUAUAGAAGCUUUACAGAAUAGCUGACUGCGGAUAGAACAU